AUGAGUCCUCCUCGGCAUACCGUUGAAGUGGAGUCAAAUUCGCCUGGUCCAAAAAUGGAUAAUCUUGACGACUUCAAUCAUAAACGAAUGAAAGUGGAGAUUGAAGAGGAGAUUGGUGAAUAUGUUGUUGUAGCCGAAGAAGAAGUACUCGAUGAAGUAGUUGAAGGCCCAGAAGCGGAACAGUUGGUCGAGGAAGCGGUGCUGAACGGUGCUUUGGGUGAGGUGGGUAGAAUUGACGAUGGUUUGGGGCUUCCUGAUAGCAGCAGUUCCGCCAAUGAUGUACAAAGUAGGGAAAGUCCAGAGAACAGAAGAAAAGCGCGGCUGAAGCAAAUGAUGCAGAUUUUACGAGAAAGAGUCGAUUCGAUGGCCGACGAUGAGACUAUGGAGCUCAUGGAGAGUGGUCUAACCCAUGUUGUAGAGCAGCUGAAGGAACCUCCACGAAGUGCACAGGUAGGAGACAAUUUUUGUGCGGAAGAAGAGGAGAAGACGGUUACUUGUUAUAUUAUACUCAUAGCACCGCGCAUAACAUUGGACACGGCAGAAGACUAA